CUUUAUUAUCUUCUAGGAGUAUAAUAAUUCUCUGGUGCUGCAUCUGUGUUCGUCCUUCAGACAUAUCAAAUACCGAAGCAAGUAAAUUCUUCUCUCAACACACCAAACAUCGCCAUGUCCGAGAUUCUCGCUUCCUUGAGGUCACUGAUGGCCUCUCACUCUCCUCCUCUUGAUGCUUUGGUUGUCCCUUCCGAAGACUAUCACCAGAGCGAGUAUGUUUCAGCACGAGACAAGCGCCGUGAGUUCGUGUCUGGAUUCAGUGGAAGUGCAGGUUUGGCACUUAUCACGAAGAGCGAAGCAAGGCUUUGGACUGAUGGUCGAUACUUCUUGCAAGCAAUGCAACAGCUUAGUGAUGAAUGGACGCUUAUGCGUAUGGGUGAAGAUCCUCUUGUUGAAGUUUGGAUGUCAGAUAAUCUACCUGAACAGGCAAACAUAGGUGUUGAUUCAUGGUGUGUCUCAAUAGAUACCGCAAAUAGAUGGUGGAAGUCUUUUGCCAAGAAGAAUCAGAAACUAAUCACGACAACAACUGAUCUUGUGGACGAAGUAUGGAAGACUCGUCCACCUUCUGAGAUGAGUCCCGUUGUUGUUCAUCCCUUGGAAUUUGCUGGCCGUUCUGUUUCUGAGAAAUUGGAAGAUUUGAGGGCAAAGCUUAAGCAAGAGAGGGCGCGUGGUCUGGUCAUCGCUGCACUUGAUGAGGUUGCUUGGCUAUAUAAUAUUCGUGGAACUGAUGUCGCUUAUUGUCCAGUUGUUCAUGCGUUUGCAAUUCUUACUACCAAUUCUGCCUUUCUCUAUGUUGACAAAAAGAAAGUAUCUGAUGAGGCAAAUGCUUAUUUCAAAGGGCUCGGUAUAGAAGUCCGGGAGUACACAGAUGUGAUCUCAGAUGUGUCAUUGCUUGCUUCGGAUCGGCUUGUUUCUUCAUUUGCCUCUAAAAAUGGCCAACCCGAGGCUACAAAGGACAUGGAGAUUGACUCUGACCAGCCUGAUCGAUUAUGGGUGGAUCCUUCUUCGUGCUGCUAUGCACUCUAUUCAAAAUUGGAUGCUGAUAAGGUUCUUCUACAACCAUCCCCUAUAUCCCUCUCAAAAGCCUUGAAGAACCCAGUUGAGCUCGAAGGGAUAAAAAAGGCACAUGUUCGUGAUGGUGCAGCUGUUGUCCAGUACCUUGUUUGGCUUGAUAAACAGAUGCAGGAGCUGUAUGGAGCCUCUGGAUACUUCUUAGAAGCUGAAGCAAACAAAAAGAAACCUUCAGAGACCUCUAAGCUUACUGAAGUGACUGUGAGCGAUAAGCUGGAAAGUCUCCGAGCUGCAAAAGAGCAUUUUAGAGGUUUAAGCUUUCCUACUAUAUCUUCAGUUGGUUCAAAUGCUGCUAUUAUUCAUUAUUCACCAGAGCCAGAAGCAUGUGCCGAGAUGGACCCCGACAAAAUUUACUUAUGUGAUUCAGGAGCACAGUAUCUCGAUGGAACAACUGAUAUUACCCGGACUGUUCACUUUGGAAAACCUUCAGCUCAUGAAAAGGACUGCUAUACUGCAGUGCUCAAGGGUCAUGUUGCACUUGGAAAUGCUCGGUUUCCUAAAGGAACAAACGGUUAUACUCUUGAUAUUCUUGCUCGAGCUCCUUUGUGGAAGUAUGGCUUGGAUUAUCGCCAUGGUACUGGUCAUGGAGUCGGCUCUUACCUUUGUGUUCAUGAAGGACCUCACCAAGUUAGUUUCAGACCGAGUGCUAGGAAUGUACCUCUGCAAGCUACCAUGACUGUAACAGAUGAACCUGGUUACUAUGAAGACGGGAACUUCGGUAUUAGGCUGGAGAAUGUGCUUGUUGUCAAUGAUGCUGAGACAGAAUUCAAUUUUGGUGACAAGGGCUACUUGCAAUUCGAGCAUAUCACUUGGGCACCAUAUCAAGUGAAACUUAUCGAUCUAGACCAGUUGACACGGGAAGAGAUCGAUUGGUUAAACACAUACCAUUCGAAAUGCAAAGACAUCUUGGCCCCGUUUAUGAACCAGACCGAAAUGGAAUGGCUCAAGAAAGCUACCGAACCUGUAAGUGUAUCGGCUUAAUCCCCUCCCAAAUUUCUCUUACUUAGAUGUUUAUCAAUGGCUUCUCUACUUCUUUCACUAGUAAACCAAAAAUAUUCAAGUCAUUACACAGUUUAUUUCCUUUGUUUGCAUUCAAAUCUCAUGUUUCUUGACCA